CUCAGGGCUCGGCCGCUCAGGGCUGCCUCAGGUUCAUCUGCUCCCUCUGUUUCUUUCCCAUCUCUCGGACUCUCUCCUCGCUUGCUCUUCCUUCCCCGGCGGCGACGACUGGGCCAGCGGCGGCGCCAUAUGUCCUGACUUCGCAGUUCGCCCAGCCUUUUGCCGGCGAUGAGCGCAUCCUCCAGAUGGAUCGAGUAAUAAACUGGUCGCCAUAUUCACCAAGUGAUAUCACUUGCAAAGUGAAAUGCUUCUGCUACCUCGAGUGAUGUAUCUUGAUGUUCAUGCAGGAGAUAGCGAAAGCUUGGAUAUUUUGCAUACACACAGAAUCUUCUUUUUCUUUGAUGAAUUCAUGGAAGGGUGAUGCACAUUUCCUGAAGAUAUCCCUUGUUUAUUUUCAGAGCUGCCAUGCUUAGUGAAUCCUGCAUCCUGGAGGUGCCAAGGAUAUUCCAUUUCCUUCAAUUCUUGGAUAGGAAUGGACAAUGAAUUUCAUGAUGAAGUUCUCAAGUCUGUUUUCCCAUUAUUGGAUGGGAAAGAUCUAGUAUUUUGCAUGCUUGUGUGCCGUCAGUGGCGCGAAAUAGCGAAGGAUGAUUACUUCUGGAAAUGCAUUUGCUCACGGAAGUGGCCGUCCAUUUGCAAACAGCCUCCUUCUGACGCAAACUAUCAGAGGCUUUAUUUAACCUUCUCCCAGCCACAGAAGAUGCAUAACCUUCCUGUACCAAAGCUCACAUUUGAGGAUCUUGUUUUUUAUAUUGAUAUGUGGCUUGAAGGAUCCAUCAUUUUUUCUCAAGCAAUUUCAGGUUGCACCCUUCGAGCAGGCCUACAGUGCGCACCUGGUGGCAUUCCAGAUAUACUUGCAGCACAUUUGAAGUCUGUAGACUGCAUCCUGAUGUUGGAAGUUGAACCCAAGCUAUCAGUCCCUAUGGGGCCAGCCAUUACUGUAUCUGUUCUUGUCCACCGCAAGGAUUCCAAUAAGAUGGCUUGCAUCAUUAACAAGUCGACCUUUGAUUACAUUGAUAGUAAUGCUGCUCGUGCACUGGCUUAUGAAUAUCUCAGGUUUUCACCCAGAAACCCAUUCAUAUCAGACAUCCGGGCAUGGAUGUCCUUGCUUUUCCUGUACAAAGGAGCAAACGUCAUUGAGGUAUUUGGUAUUGAGCUCGAUUUCUGUGACGCAGCAAAGUCAGAAACUGAAAUCCUAUGGCUUUUGGAUAUGCUUGAUUGGAAAUAGAAGGGUCCCCCCCCCCCCCCCCCUUGUGACUCGAUGAUCGACACAUGUAAAGAAUGUUCAUGAUUAGUUGAUCUUUUCCUGUUGGGAGCAUGUAUACUACUGAACUGUAAUGUUCUGGAAAUUGGAAUAAGUGGCAUCUGCCACUCCUUGUGCUAGCUGUGCGCUGUUGUUUCA